UCUAGUUCUGUGGCAUUUACUAUUUCUCUCUUUUUUAACAAAAUAUGCAACCUCCCAGAAGCAAACUUACUUAAAAUGUAGUUGAAAAAUAUGAAAUUUGUCACUUGUCAUAAUUUAGCUUGGAAAAUCCAUAGGAAAAUCUUAGGGAAAGUAUACAACAUGUUUUAUUGAAAAUUAUAAAAUCAAUUAGUUUUUUUUUUCAAAUGGGAACCAUAGCAAGUAAAGGAUCUGGACGGCGGAUAAGUUUUGAUAAUAAUUUUGUUGUGUCGCCUGCAAUAGUACCAAAAUGCAUGGAUUGCUGUGAUGACAUUUUAGAACUCGAAAGUUUAUCCAAAGAUGCAGAUGAUGAACUCCAUCUCAAAGAAACAAAUUCUAUGACUUUUGAAUCUCAGGAGAACAAUGAUGGUGAUUAUUGGUCAAGAAGAAUAGAAAACCUCAAAAAAGAACAUCAAUCAAUAAAUAAGAUUAUCGAAACAGAAUAUGAAAAGACCGUAGAAAAUACUAAAAUUUACGAUACUCCAGCUAACAUUCAUGAUAAAAUGCAAAAAAUUAAACCUUGCUUUGAUUGGCGAGCGAAAAUCUUGAAGUGUUAUGAAGAAAAUCCACAUCAACAAUUAUUAUGUUCAGCUGCGGUUCAAGCUUUUAGUCAAUGCGUCAAGAACUGUAGAAUGGAAGAUUGAAAUAUUUUAAUUAUAUUUUGUACAUUUGUAUACGACAAAUACCUAUUCAUUAAAGUGCAAGACAUUUUCAAUUAAAGUAUAUUUUUUGUCCACAUUAUGCUUAAUUUUUAUAUUAUUGAAUAUAAUAGAUACGGUAGUAAAGUCAUAUCCGGCUUUGACAUUGUAUUCGUAUCUAUGAUCUGAUCCAAAAGAUAAAGAUUAUCUCUUAAUU